CUUCCUUCUUUGUCAAGGGCACUGGAAACUGCAUGAAACCUAGCAGCUGUAGUCUGCACGUGUAGCCGUAAACCAGCUUAAUAAAGUAUCUAUUUUGAGCCGGACACUGGUAGAGAUGGACGGGUUCGGGUCAGACUUCUCAGCAGGAGGGUCCGGUGGUAAAAUUGACACCGGGACCAUCAUGGAGCAGGUUAAAGUCCAAAUAGCGGUGGCUAACGCUCAGGAGCUCCUGCAGAGAAUGACUGAUAAAUGCUUCAAGAAGUGUAUAGGAAAGCCUGGAAGCUCAUUGGACAAUUCUGAACAGAAAUGCAUAGCCAUGUGCAUGGACAGAUAUAUGGACGCCUGGAACACUGUGUCCAGAACAUACAACUCCAGGCUGCAGAGAGAACGAGCUCGAAUGUGAAAAAAACUCCAAAACUCGCUACCUCCUUCUCUUUGUCGGGUCGCUGCUGCACUGUGAGGACAAGGCACAGUGCAGCACUGGAGCAGAUGUACAACGUCGGCAGCACAACACCCCCCUGUCUUGUCACAAUUGGACAGAUGAGGCCUGUGGACUCUGACCCGUAACAGAAUCUUUGUGGACAUUUUUACUUUUACUUUUGAGGAAAUGUUUGCCAAUAAAGUUUAAUUAUUCCUGUUAUAUGUAAUAAAUGCAGUAGCAGAUGGAGCAAAGGCUGAUGUUUAACUGGGAAAAUGAUCAGAUUGGACAGAAACACUUUGCACCACCUCCUAGAACUUAUGCUUUUACACUAUAAAUCACACAUGCCACUCAAUAUCUAUGCAUCUUUUUAAUUGAUUUCCCCUCUAGUUAUGCAUUUUGCCUGCAGCUACAUCCUCCUCAGACGCUCACAAAUCUGGCUUAGACUAAGUUGGCUGACAGUUGAUGUGUUAAUAUUAUUGGAUAAAGCUGGCUAACUCCUUCAGGUGGAGAGGAUUUUACCUGAAAUCCUGUCUAAGAAUGCCACUGGGGCUCUGAGCUAAUGCAUAAACAAGCAAAACGUAUUACCUAGUUGCAAUAAACAUAAUGUGGACCUGUUGGCAACAUUAACUGUAACUUUAAAGUCUCACAGCUGACAUUCACAGCCCUCCAGCCAGCCUAUAUCAAGCUACAGCUGAAGAACAAAACAGUUUUGUCUGACAUGUUUCCUAUGUGUUACUCUAGCUGCUGCCCUUCCACAGUGGUGGGCUUGUUUCAGCCAGGCUCUGCUUCACACAGUCAGGAUACAGCACCGUUGUCAGCUCUGUGUGUGUGUAGCUGCUCUGGUGUACGGGGAAGUACAACCCAUCUGCAUAGUUUGAGUGAGAGAAGCCUGUAAGCACCGACUGCAGAGGAUUUGUGUGCAAAAAGAAAUUAUUUUAAUUGGGAAAAAAAAUAAAUCUGGUUAAUCA